CCCAGUCUCUGUCCGACUGUAGCGGCUUCGUUGGCCAGUUUUAGACAGAAGAAGCGAAGCCUGUUCCAAGCGCAAGACCGAUAUCUAAAAACUUUUUAGAUUCCGCUAUAAAGGUAGUCGUAACUUGAUUUCAUUUGAACUGAGAAUAGACCAUGUCGUCUUCCUGGCAAAUCUAUGUGGAUAACCUGAUGUCCGAUGGCAGCUGCCAAGAUUCCGCCAUUGUUGGUUACAACACAGACUCAAAAUACGUCUGGGCAGCGCAGGAGGGUGGUACAUUUAACAACAUAACGCCCACAGAAAUUGAUGUCCUGGUAGGGAAAGACAGAGAAAGCUUCUUCACCAGUGGUCUGACCCUCGGCUCCAAGAAGUGCUCAGUCAUCCGUGACAGUCUGCUAGUGGACAAUGACUGGACGAUGGACAUCAGGACAAAGAGUCAAGCAGGAGAACCCACGUACAACAUUUCUGUAGGCAGAGCUGCAAAAGUCUUGGUUCUUGUAAUGGGCAAAGAAGGGGUCCAUGGAGGCGGAUUGAAUAAGAAGGCAUUCUCAAUGGCAAAAUACUUACGGGACUCUGGGUUCUAGUUUAGCCUUCAAAUUGGGGGUGGUGGGGGUUUAGGGAGGAAUAACAUGCACACAAAAACUUUAGACAUAUUUAUGGAAAUAGAGGUUAAUGUUAGUUAAUUUUAUGUUAACAAAUAGUGAUCAGGAAAAUCUUAUUUUCAUUGAUUUUUUUUUUUUUUUGUCUUGUUUUUUUCUUGUGUACUCUAGCAUUGGCUAUAGUGAUGGGAAAAGAGGGCACCCAUGGAGGGGAGCUCAACAAGAAGCAAAAGUACCUGAGGAAGGCUGGAUAUUAAUCAACCCUACUUUCCCAUCCACCUAGCAGCUCAUGCUUAACACCCUGCCUGUAUGACACUCUUUGCUCUUAUUGAUGCCUUUGCUCAGUUUUGUUUGUUUCAGGGCCCCCUCCGCAUUCCCAAACAAAAUGCAGUGUCUUGCUUAGAUGUCAGUGCCAAUAAAUCAAGUGAAAGAAAGCUAACUUGAAAGUAGUAACACUUAGUAUUUUGGUAGUGCAGCUUGAAAAAAAAAAAAAGCCCAUUGAGCACCUCUGAUGUUAAAAACAACUUCAGAAUGUGGAUGAGAUUAACUACAUAAGUUUUUGUUCUUUCCUUGUGUCACUGUCUCUACAUUACUGAUAGAUUCUUCUUUCUCUUUCACUGUGCACAUCUUGGUGAAUAAUCUUGUGUAUCUUCUUCCUCACUGUAGUUAGAUGCCUGGGCAUAGUUUUGAUUUUAGAACUUGGCUGUAUUUCCCUGUGUUCUGUGUGGACAUUCCAUUGUUACAAACAGCUCAGUCACUUAACAGUUCUUUUGACAUCUUCUGUAAUAGUGUUUUGUUAUUUUGAGGUAAUUUUCGGAAAUGUAUCCAUUAUGAAUCCCUACUUGUAAAGUCCCCAAUUGUAAAGUUUACAUUUACAGCAUUUAGCAGACACCCUUAUCCAGAGCGACUUACAAAAGUAUUUACAAUUAUUAUUUACAAUUUCUCUGACUCAUUUUGAAUGAUGACAGUUGGUCUUAUGUUCUGGAUGACUGUAAAGCACUACCAGUUAUGACAAAUUGCAAAGAAUUAAGGCUUGUCAAGUCAUUGGCCUGCCAACAACUUUUCAUUGUUGCUUUUUAUGCCAGCCCACAAAGUUCCACAAAACUGUGGAAUAAAUUACCUUCUAAAAAUAGUAUACCAAAAUGUAUUAAAGCUCAGUAUUAACACUUCUACCCAAAUAAGACACUAAACAAAGUUGAAACACUUCAUAGUGGGUCAUUUUUUGUGCUUGAAAGUCUGGUUUAUGGAAAUUUGAAGCAAAAAUGUUUAUCCUGUGCCAUAAUGUGGAAAGAACCCAUGUGAUCAUGGAUUUUAACUGCUCAGAAAUGAAGCAAUUUUAUUUGCACUUCCUUGUGAAAUGGUUUGGCGUCAAUUCAGUAUCAGUAUUUGCAGAUUUAGCACUUGCCACUCAUUUUAGUUAAUUCUUUCCCUCCACACUUUUACCUGGAAACAAAAAUGAUUUCAUAUCCACAAAUCAAGUGUCAUUAAGUGACUGUCACCUUGUUAACAGAAUGAUCAAAUAAAUUUUUCAACCACAAA